AUGGCUCAAGGAAUUUGUGAAAUGGUUUGGUUAAAAAGAAUUAUGGAAGAGCUGAGGAAACCAAUAACUUCACCAAUGAAGUUGUACUGUGAUAGCAAAGCUGCCAUUAGCAUUGCUCACAACCCAGUCCAACAUGACAGAACUGAACAUGUUGAGAUUGAUAGACACUUUAUCAAGGAAAAGACUGAAGAAGGCCAAGUGUGCAUGCCGAAGCCCCUGCUAAGAAAAAAAAUACUUGUUGCUAAAAAGGAGUCUGUUCCUGUUGCUAAGACAAAGAAAGCAGAUAGCAGUUCAGAUUCUUCUGAUGAUGAUGGCUCUGAGUCUGCUGUAAAAACAAAGGUAUCAGUUGUUAAAAAUGGCUCUGCACCUGUUAAUAAAGGCAAGUCUUCUAGUAGUUUGGAUUCUUCAGAUGAAGAUAGCAGCUUAGACGAAGAUGAACUUUUGAGACAGAGAGUUCCAGGUUGGAGUUUCUCUUUUGUCUUGUUAUACCUUGAUUGGAUUCUGAAAACAGACCUUCCGCUUUACCUUGACAAAUUCCAUGAACUCCUUAUAAUAUUUCAUAUUCGUUGGAAACUGCAAAAUAGAUUUCAUGCAAUUCAAAGAUUGGCCGCUGCCCUCAAAAUGAGCAAGAAGGGAAGCAAAGAAAGCAAACUAAGCAGGUAUCUAAAGGCACCCAUUAGGUUUCUCAUCAAGGCCGGGGAAUUCUAUGUAAAAAGCUUGACGCAAUACUCGGAACGGGUAGGCUAUGGAACCGUCAUGGGGUGCUCGACUGGCCAGCUUAAUACUUUUCCAAGGAGCUACAGUGUCAGUUCAACGAGAUCGGGCAAUGGCAAUGAUGACUUGAGGGAACUUAUCAGGGCCGCUUCCACGAGGAGUUUAGACAAUAACAACAGGGUUCAGUUGGACCUUGUUCGACGACAAAAGGCCAGGCAGUCUCUGAAGAUGCCUAGAAGUCAUAGUGUUGGCAUUGGGAGGAUUGAUGAAGACAGGCCUUGUGACUUUGAUGAAGAUAUCAAGGUCAACAUCGAUUACUUGCCGAGGAAGAGCCAUGCUGUGGUAGUUUUUUCUAAGUGAAAUGGGGGGUGAUUUAUUUAAUUUUGUCAAUCUUUAAUAGUACCAUCUGGUUUCGGCUUGUUGAAUGAGGUUUGCAGUGAAAAAUAUCGCAGUGCCCAGGGGAGAAAUCCAAUGUGUCUCUUAACAUAAUUUUAAUGAAUUGUAUAUGUUUCAAACCUUGUUAUGUUCUCUUUUAAGGUAAAUCAGAAGAUUGAAAUUCUAAA